UAGCUGCUCGUCGGUCUCCUCGCUCGGUUGUGCCUCCAGAAAUACUCGUGAUCCUCGCUGUUAAUCCUAGUCUACAUUUUUAUCUUGUGUGUGAUAAACGAUUUAUGUGCAGUCGAGUAGCUGACAAUGCAAGCCGAUAUCAAAAAUGAGUCCAUGGUGUACCCCACGAAGCCGACCAUAUCAGAUGAUUACGAUCCCCACAAGCAUCGCAAUGUGAAAAAUCCCACAAACAACUGGCAAACAUUUGCCCACUUUUUGAAGGCGUCCAUUGGCACCGGAGUGCUGGCUAUGCCCAGUGCUUUUGCUCAUGCGGGUUAUGUGAAUGGCAUUAUCUUGACUCUGAUCAUUGGUGGGCUGGCUCUUUACUGUCUGCACAUAUUGAUCAGCUGCAUGUAUUUGUUAUGCAAACGUCAGCGAGUACCCUACGUCAGCUUCUCGGAAGCCAUGAAACUAGGUCUGCAGCAAGGUCCACCUUUUUUGCGCUGUCUGGCUCCUAUUGCCACUCCUUUUGUGGAUGGUUUUUUGGCUUUCUAUCACUUUGGCAUCUGCUGCGUUUACGUCGUUUUUAUUGCGGAGAGCAUCAAGCAACUCUUUGAUGAAUACGUUGUCGUAUGGGAUGUACGCUUGCACAUGUGCUUGCUGAUCGUGCCACUUUUGCUGAUCUUCAGCAUAAGAAAUCUCAAACUACUUGCGCCAUUUUCCAGUGCUGCCAAUUUGCUGCUCUUUGUGGGCUUUGGAAUUGUACUGUAUUAUAUUUGUACGGAUUUACCACCGCUCAGUGAACGGGAAGCCUUUGAAGAUUAUAAAAAGUUUCCUACAUUUUUUGGCACUGUGCUUUUUGCACUGGAAGCGGUGGGCGUGAUCUUGGCUAUCGAGGAGAACAUGGCAACACCUCGUGCCUACGUGACGCCGUGUGGCAUCAUGAACUGGGGCAUGGCCAUUGUAUUGAGCUUGUAUGUGUUCCUUGGCUUCUUCGGCUACUGGAAGUAUGGUGAUGAGGCAUUGGGCAGCGUUACCUUAAACAUACCACAGACGGAAGUCAUGGCGCAAGUGGUGAAGAUCUUCUUUGCCAUCACUACAUACAUUUCCUAUGCGCUCCAAGGUUAUGUCACAGCACACAUCUUAUGGAACAAGUAUCUAAGCAAACGCAUUAAGGACAUAUCCAAGCAUACGCUCUAUGAGCUCCUCUUUCGAGCUGUGAUUGUGCUGCUCACUUUCUUGUGUGCCAUUGCCAUUCCGGAUCUCUCGCUGUUCCUAUCCCUCGUGGGAUCUUUCUGCCUCUCUAUCCUGGGCCUGAUCUUUCCGGCUUUGCUGCAGAUUUGUGUACAAUACGAACAGGGUUAUGGACCUUUUCGCAUCAGACUGGUGAUCAAUAUGUUGUUGUUAAUCUUCGGUUUCUUUGGCGGAAUUGUUGGAACCUAUGUUAGUAUCGUCGAUAUUGUGGAGGCUUUGUCUUAG